AUGGCACCUAUCACUUGUGAUUAUGAGGUCACCUCCUCUGUCCCUCCUGCAAGGUUGUUCAAGGCCUUCAUCCUUGAUGACAACCUCAUUCCCAAGGUCUUUCCACAGGCCAUCAAGAGUGUCGAGAUCAUUGAAGGAGAUGGAGGCGUUGGAACCAUUAAAUUGAUUACUUUUGGUGAAGGUUGCCAUAUUAAGAGUGCUAAGCACAGAGUCGAUGGACUUGAUAAGAACAACUUCACCUACACCUAUACUGUAACUGAAAGCGAUGCCUUCAGUGCUGAGCUUGAGAAGAUCACCUGCGUUAUCAAAAUCGAAGCCUCCGCUGAUGGAGGGUCUAUCUGCAAAACCAGCAGCACAUACCACAUCAAGGAUAGCGUCCAGGUUACAGAAGAACAAGCUGAGGCAGGAAAAGAGAAAAUUAAGUCAGCAAAAGAGAGGGCCUUGGCCAUGUUCAAGGCUGUCGAGACCUACCUCCAGGCAAAUCCUGAUGCCUACAACUGA